GGGAUUCUUCAGCAGGAUUUCAGGGGUGGAGGCCUGCUCCCUGUUCCCGUAAGUUACUUAUAUUAUUUCAAUAAAACCUUGUUAAGUGUUAUUUAGAUAUUUGAGAGUUUUUUUUUUCUCUUUGAAUUAAAAAUUAAAAACAUCUUAAUGUUUCUUUCUUAUGUCAGACCAUGCCGGUAAUAAAUGUAGAGGAUCUGACAGAGAAAGACAAGGCUCAAAUGGAAGUGAGCCAGCUAAGAAAUGAAGUGAAGCUUGAGAGGUGGUUGGUAAGUCUCAUUGUUUUAAAGAGAUGUAUUUUUAGCACAUUGUUAUUCAAAAUAACAGGGAAUAUUUUAGCUAUCCAGACUUUAAUCCAAGACAAGCCUCAUGUCAGUGUUAACACAUCACCCUAAUCUCUUCAGACCUCUAAAUGCUGUGAGGAAAUCAAGGACUACAUCCAGGCUGGAGUGGAGGAGGACAUUCUUGUCAAAGGCAUCCCGGAGGAGAAGAACCCUUUCAAGGAGAAAGGUGGCUGUGUCGUCUGCUAGACUGGACCUUAGUUUACUUUUCAUGGCUUGGAUUUGCAACUGCGGACAUUCACCCUCCCUUCACAAUUUUUUUUUUUUGCAGAGUAAGAGUCCUAGAAGAGCAAAACAAAGACAGAUUUUUCAAAACUUCACUGGUUCCCAUGUAAAAGAUUCCCCAUCUUCUGGCCAGAUUUGCGGCCUCAUAAUUGCAUUCUUUGAAAAAUAGCAAUAAAUAAGAGUUGUGCUCGGCAAGGGUUAUGUAACACUCCUCUCUUUUGUGGCAAAUAAAGUCUGAGCAAAUGGCCCAUAUGUUGUUUCAUACACAGAAGCAACAGUCAUUAAAUCUGCUUGUUUGUAACUCAGCCUGUCUCUUUCAAUCACUGUGGGAACCUUUAAGUGGGUAGAGACACAAAUACAUCUUCAGUUUGCAGACGUUCAAAGUUUGACAAAGUUUUCUCAUACAUUUUUAUGAGAUCAUUAAAAUUUGGUUCAAACUUCACAGUAAAGUUAAAUCUUACAGAAACAAA